UUUCGACAGUUUUUAGAUCACUGGCAACAUUGGCCCCAGCCUUAUAAUAUGGCCGCUACAGGCAACAAGAAAUCAAAGAAGUCGAAAUGGAUCCCAGUGAACAUCACAGAUAUUAUUGCGGAACCGACUACUAUUUCGACCACAAACAACUGGGCGGACUCUGUAGAUGAUGAACCUACGGAGAGCUAUGGGUACGCGUCGCGGUCGCGCGCGCCGGUGGUGCUGCCGUCGGCGUCGCGCGCCGCGCGCGGCGGGCUGGCCGUGGACGACGACGCCAUCCCGCGCCGCCCGCCCUUCAUCGCGCACAUCUCCAACCUGCCCUAUGAUGUGGACGAGAGCGCCAUUUCGGACCUCUUUGAAGGACUCAAGAUCAUUAACUUGAGGCUGCCGCGAGAAGGUGACCGCCUCAAAGGAUUUGGAUAUGUUGACUUUGAAGACCGAGAGAGCCUUAUCAAUGCCAUGAACCUGCCCGAUCUUAGUGUCGGCGGCCGGCGGAUUAGGAUAGAGGUGUCGACCGAGAACAAUGACCGCCGCAUGGGCCGAGGGGGCCGCUCCGACCGGGACAGGGACUACGACCCGGAGCGCACCAUGGGCGACUGGCGCUCGGGGCCGCGCGCCGCGCCCGAGCCCGCCGCGCGCGCCGGCGCCAUGACGCGCGACCGCGACAUCACCCGCGACCGGGACAUCACCCGGGACCGGGACAUCACCCGCGACCGGGAUCGAGACCGCGAUCGUGAGGAAUCCACGGCCGACAUGCGGCCCGGCGCGUGGCGCGACGGCGAGCGGCCGGCGGCCGAGCCCGCGCGGGCGCCCUACGGCGGCCGCGACUCCUUCGGCCGCGACCGCGACCGCUACGGCGACGACCGCGGCCGCGAGCGCGGGUUCGGCCGCGACGGGGAGCGCGAGCGCGGCGGCUACGGCGGCCGCGACGGCUUCCGCACCGCCGAGCGGGACGGCCAGGGCUUCGGGAACCGCGAAGGUAGAGGAUUUGGAGGCCGAGGUUUCGGUGACAGGGAUCGCGACCCACCUCCACCCAGAGAUGACAAGCCCCGCGAGCGGCCGAAGCUGAACCUGCUGCCGCGCACCGUGCCGCGCGCCGCCGAGCCGCCCGCCACGCCGGCCGACGGUGCUACCCCCGCCGCCGCCGCCGCCGCCGCCGCCGCCGCCGCCGACGAGCGCGACAAGCCGCCGCCCAAGCCCGUCUCCGCGGAGAAGGUGUUCGGCGCCGCCAAGCCCGUCGACACCGCCGCCAAGGAAAGGGAAAUAGAAGAACGUCUUCGUAAACAAGAAGAGGAGGCACGAAAGGGAACUGAGGAUAAGGAACGCUGGGGGCGCAGGAAUGACCAUUCCGGAGAACGUCGUGGUGGCGCUAGACGUGACGACCGCGGCAGAGACAGCUACAACAGAGACCGACGCGACAGGGACGACAACGAUCGGCGCGACCACAGAGACGACCGGGACCGACGCGACUACUCGGGCAACCGCGACCGGCGCGACUACUCGAGGGACGACCGAGACCGGCGCGACCCCAAGGACGACAGAGACAGGCGCGACUACUCCAAAGACGAUCGCGACAGGCGCGAGUACCCCAAGGACGACCGAGACCGACGCGACUACUCCCGAGAGGACCGCGAGCGCCGCCCGCCGUCCCGGGACCGGCGGCCGGCCUCCCGGGACCGGCGGCCGGCCUCCCGGGACCGCGAGCACCGCGAGGCGCGCGACCCGCGGGACUACCCGCGAGACGCGCGGGACUCGCGGGACGCCGACUCGCGAGACCGCGACCCCCGGCCCCUCUCCCCGCGCGCCGACGACCGCAACGGCCGCAACCUCACUCCCGACCCGAAGCUGCCCAAGAUGAAGGAGCAGGAGAAACCAAACUUUGUAGCGUCGAAUAAAUUUAGCUUCCUGGAGGACGCAGACGACGGCGCGUCCGAGUAGCGCCGCGACUGCCGUGUAAAAGUGUAAAUUGAUCAAGUGUAAAGACUUGCGCCACUGAGACUCAGUCGCGCCGUGUAACAGAACUACAGUGCGGUGUGGAUAUACGUCUGGGAGGUUGCUGCAUGCUCCCGCUGCUCCGAGCCCGGCCCCAGCCCUCACUGGUCCCUAGAAGGCUGUGACUUCUACUUUUGUAAUAUUCAGCUUGUCUCCAUUCCGGUUGUGGGUACUCAUUGUACAUAUUAGGGGCUCCGACGUCGCUUUCCUUGUAAAGGAGGCCGCAGUGAGGGCUGGGGCUCAAUUUGUGACCAUGUACUGAUUUGAUGUAAAUUUUUCUAUAGGUUUGCUAUGUAAUAGUACGCGUACGGUCGCAAAGGCAACGGCGAGCUUUCCCGCGAAGUUUAGCGACAGGUUUUGUUUUUACGAUUUGAUACAGGUGCUGCUCUCCGAUAUUUUGUGAAUAUUGUUUUGUAAUUUCAUUUACUUUGUUGAAAUAUCAAAGCUUUUUUUUGAGUACUGCGACGCAAUACAUCGUGAUUGCCACCAAGGGAAUCUUAUUUCAUUAUUUUAGAAUAUUCCUUUAUGUUAAAUAUGUAGUCGAUUUAGAUUAAUAAAAUGUUAAUUGUAUUAUUUAUCUUUACAAACAGAUAUGGUUCCAUAAUCAAUUGCCAUGGUAGUGCAACAAUUACUUGCAAGUAUGCAUUUUUCUGUUGUGUGGCCUGCCCCAUUGAGUUUAGUCAAUGUGGAAAUUCAGUGUACCUACAGACGGUUAGGACCGACCUUGUCACAAGGAUAUUUUUAUUGGUAAACACAUGUCCAACGACGUGAAAAUUGUUUAAUAUGUAUUAAUUUCUCAAGUUUAUUUCAUAUACUUUGUUCUAAUUGUGAAUUAUAAAUAAAAUUACUCUUUUUACAACCAAAUAA